ACCUCAGUGUUUUCAUCAGACAGGAAAGAGGAGGUUACUUUUGUUUCAAUCCUGCUCGAAAAGUAAAAAAAAAAAAAAAAAGGGGGGGUUGUUUAUUUAUUUAUUUAUUUACUUGUAUUGCAGUAUGUCAUGUGCCUUGGGCUGCAUCUGGAGUUCUGGGAGAUGAAAAUGUUUUCAUUCUAACAUCAAGCUGUCAGAUAGUUGGUUGCUUUAGUCUCAGCAAACAAGGCAUGAGGAGUUGAUUUUACUCAUUAAAUAUAGAUUCAUCUGGUGAUGUGGAAAAAGGGAGAUAGAAUUUCACACUGAGCAGCCAUGCCCCUGACGUUGAGUUUAUCCCCGGCCGCUGUGUGUCAAUGCUUCACUCUGGUGUCCCUUUGCACCUCCAUUGCCGACCCGAACUGGAUCCAAGUGCAGAACAGAACAGACCCGAACCAGCUCAUUUACGGCGUGGCCUUUACAGUACAUGCUGCACAGAACCUCUCUAACACCGCACCUUUGGGUGGGAUGCACGGACUGGGCAUGGCUUUGCUCUACCUGCUCGCUGCUCUGUGCUACAGCGCCGUUCUGCUCUCCAGCUCCUCCUUCUUGGUGGAUUUCAUCGGGAUCAGGUUCACUCGCCCCAGGCUGGUCAUGUCACUUCACAUCACCACAGCUGUGAUGUGCGUGGCGAUCCUGGCCGUGAGUGGGACGUGUCUGUGGGUGAUCCAGCAGAACGUGCAGAAAGGAAGAGUGAGCUGGGUUUGGCGCACUCCCUCGGCUCCACCCAGCGGACUGAGCACCUCGCCUGGAGAGAGCUUUUACAUCGAGAUACUGGCUCUCGUUUUCUCCUUCAUGGCCGUCGUCCUUAGCCGUCACGGUCUUCCUGAGUCCGUUGCGAGUCCGGCGCAUUUCUACCCAGUGGAGUCUGAGGACAGAGAGAGGGAGUGUCUCAUCAGUGAGCCGGGACCUGACGGAGACGAGUGGGGUGACUGAGUAGACUUCACAUAUCGGAUAACAGCACUGUGCAGUGCUAACGACUGAAUAUGCCCAAAAGUUACUUGGCAGUUGAUGAAAAUAUGUGCACUGUUAUGUUUUUAAUUAUGAUUCUUAUUGUUUUUAACAAGGAAUAACCAGAAUUUUUAUACACUUUAACGAUGCCCCUUUUGACUAGAACUAGAAAAAUCUAAAAACGGACUAAAGAGAUAAGCAAACGGUACAGUAAGACCUCUGAUUUUAAUCUGUUUAUGCUGGAAUGUGUCGGGCUUUUCAGAAGCAGUAAACCAUGACGGCACGGGCGUGCUGUUAUUGGAAAAUAAUCAAUGACGCAAUGCCAUUGUUACCCCAGAGGUGAUUUUUUUGUUUUUCUAUAACAGCUUGUCCUGAUGUGCUUUAUUCUUCUUAUACCAGAGCAAUUAGAAUUGCGCAUCAUACUUUUUAUCCAUUUUUAGCUACAUUUAAUACUAUGGAACAGAAACAAAUUAUUUCUCUUUUUAUUUUCAUUAUAAUAGAUAUAAUCUCUCUAUCUAUCUCAGGUAAUAAGACAAAAACAUUAACUUUUUUCAUGUUGCUGGUAAACCACAAACCAUAAAGUCCUCUGUGCUGCGGACUCUCAACAGCGCAGCGCUUUAAAUUAUGUUUGACCUUUUACAAAGCACUGACACUUCUAUAAAUGUUUAAAUAAAAUUCGUCUUAAAAGCUA